AAGCAAGCAGGCAAGCCAUCAAGCAGAUGCUAGCGCAAGCGGGCGUCCACCGGUCAGCGAGCCCCUUUGAACACCGCGCCGUUCCUGUCCAUUCCCCUAGAAGGAGUAGCCAUGUCUUGGUACUUCUUGGCUUUGAGAUCAGAGAGACGCUAGUCGGUGCUGGCUGAUGUGGAUUUAGCAAUGGUUCGUUGAGGGUGCUGGGGCUCGGUUGUAGCGCGAGGUGCGGAUGUCCAUGCUAGUAGCCGCUUCCUUGCGGCCUAUGCGACAAGCCCGGCCGAGAGAGACAAGUGGGACAAGUGGGAGGGAGAGCAACAAAGUGCGUGCGGCCGAUUCCAUGGGCCGGUCGGAGCUGCUGGCUGGCCUUUUGAAAGUGCUCGUCUGUGUCGACCGCCCAAUGCCGAUUGAGUACUGCAAUCGACGAAACGCGACGUCGCCGAGCGGCUUACCGGUCGGGGCUGCUACAAUGCUUGCUGAUGCUGGCAAAGAUUUCCUCGGCACGGCCACGGCAAAGGUCAGCCAGCUUGUGGAUGCCCCGAUGCGUGGUGCAGUACAGUCACAGUCCAGUCCAGUAGAGCUGAUGGCAGGCAAACACGCAGAAGAAAGUUUUCGCAUUCGGAUCGCGUGCGUGGCGGCAUUGCACCAAAUGACCGAAUUGUGCCGCUCUCGAUGCUGCUUGCUGCUGCUAUUCAAUUUGAAUGUUCAUCAUUCGGCGGGCGUUCGCUCUGUCAACCUCGAUGCCUGCGCUUCAAGUCACUUGACUGACAGGGUGCAGUCCGACUCGAUAGAAUGCUGCAUGAUUUGAGAGAGAAAGAGGAGAAGGGGGGGGGGGGGGAAAGGUACGCAGACACCUCCGCUACCAAUUUGGAUCGCUC